AUGGCUCAAGCGCCAUCAUCUUCUGACGUGAAGUGGAACAGCAAGUGCCUUUACGUUAUUUGUCCAUACUGCCAGUCCCGCCAUCAUCAUGGGUCGCCUCAUGGCACCGACCCAGUCAAAACUCAGGUUGCGCAUUGUGGUCCCCCGUCAGGAGACUACCAGUUGUGCUAUCCAUUUGAAGCGCAGGCUCAAGCUAAAUACUCCUACAGAAUUGCUAAGGAGAAGGGCUACUUCGUUACGGUCGGCGUCCAAGCUACCGGAGAAGGGGAAGAGUCGGAAGAGGAGAGCGACGAUUACGAUGACGCCUGUGACAUGGCCGAUGACACUAGCACAGAUUCCUGGGGCCUGCUAAGAGAACAACAUAACAGCCACCGAGAUCAAACUGAACCGCUUCAGAGCCGGUUCGGGGGCCUUAGUGUUGGCGACCCGCAGCUGCAAAAGGACCUCGUUGAAAAGGAGUCAACGCAGUUUCUACAGGAUCCGUCCUAUCGACAGGAACUCUUCGUCUCCUAUUGCGUACCCAAUCACGUGUACGACAUUGCAUCCCUCCUUUGGAAAUACCAGGAUGAUCCCUUUGUCAGCCGGAGGAAUAAGGAAGGAGAAAAUUGCAUCGCUCUGGCCGCCAUCGAAGGUCACCUUGAGAUGGUUCGGUACCUCCACCAGAAGGGUGGCAAUCUUGACAACAUUAACAACCGCGGCUGGACGCCAUUGAUGGAGGCCGCGCUCUGGGGUCGGCUUGAGGUCGUGAAGUACUUGCUCAAUCAUGGAGCCGAUCCGCGGGUGAAAGAUCGCAAGGGGCGCAACGCUUACUUCUACUCUCGACCCUCGAGGAGGACGGCUAGAAUGCGAUUAUUGCGCAACGACCAUUAUGAAGAUAGUAGUGAAGAUGAGGACAAUCGCAGGCGCGUCGCUCUGAUGCUCGGUGCCUUUGAGACUGUUACGAAUGGGGAACAAAUUUCGAUGCCAGUGUCGUCGAGUGACCUCAGGACUGGUCACUUUGAGACAACAACCUCUGUGAUCGUGGCCCGGCUUGAACGUGGCGGGCCAUUCCCAGCCGUGAGUGCCGCCAGCGGUUGGCGCACCGACUUCUCUAGCGAUUACAUCCUCAACAAUAGCUUCUGGCGGGAUCGUGUCCUCGAGCUAUGCAAGCUGAUUCGAUUCGACCUGCCUGGCGAUGAUCGGGACGAGUCCGGGUGGCCCGGGUCAUAUAAUGCCUCCCAUGCUGAGAAGAAACUCGUCGCGUACUACAUUAACCAGCAUGUGAUCCUUCCACGGCAUCUCUUCGAAAGUGCUCCCGAUCAAAAGCUCGGGCAAUGGACGCUGGACCUCAAUAUACAGGAUCUCGCAGCCCUCCGACGUGAGAUGCCGCAAGUGCCAGCAGCAGUACAGGCCAGUCGGCCCAUGUGCGCCAAUUGCAAGCUCUUUAUCUCACGGGUUGAAGAUAUGCUUGGGAUUUCCUUCACGGUCACGCAUUGUUAA